AUGGACCUCUCCGAUGUCAGCAUCGAGACUGACCAGAUCAGAGAAUGGCGGUCUAUCGUCACCCUCAUCGUCUUUUUCCUCGCCAACAUUGUCGUGUUGUUUCCUUUCCACAUCCCAGUCUACAUUCCCGUGCGACUCUGGCACGCUGUUCUGGAUUCUCUCAGUACUCUACGUGUGAUACCACCACGAGAAAAGGACUCUCACCAUGACCGUCGCGACGGUGGUGCCAGCCAGUUCGUGCGCAAGAGAUUCCCCAUGAACUCUGUCACGGCGCCCCUCAUCGCCGACCUCUUCCUCCUUGCCAUCCUGGCCAUCGGAAGAGACGAAGUCAAGGCCGGCACUCUGGGAGACAAUGGCAUCUUUCCGCUUGACAUCAUGAUCUUCUUCAUCACCUUAGCCUACAUCGCAAUCUCAAUCGACGCGUCCGGCCUCAUCAGGUAUCUGGCUCUGAAAGUUCUGCAAUGGGGAGGCAAGGUCGGCCACAGGCUAUUUUUCUACCUGUACGCCUUCUUUUUCGGCCUGGGCACCUUCAUCGGCAACGACCCGAUUAUUCUUUCAGGCACCGCCUUCCUCGCCUACAUGACGCGCGUGUCGAACAACAUCAAACAUCCGAGAGCCUGGAUCUUUACUCAGUUCUCUAUAGCCAACAUCGCCUCGGCAAUCCUCGUCUCGUCCAACCCGACCAAUCUCGUCCUCGCAGGAGCCUUCAACAUCAAGUUCAUUGGGUACACCGCCAACAUGGUGGUUCCGGUUGUCGUGACGGCCACUGUCUUGUUCCCCUUUCUGCUGUAUAUCGUCUUUGCCAACGAGGGCCUCAUUCCCGUCUCCAUCAAGAUGCGCGAGCUGCCAGCAGAAGCCAAACUGAAACCUGCCGUCAACCCCAACAUCCCCAACGCCAGGGGUACCGCAGAUGAGGAUGAAGAGACUCAUACAAACGAUGACCAGGGCCAACUUCUUUCCCUCGUUGAGAUCAUGAACCCUUUUCUGGAUAAAGGUGGCGCAGCGUUCGGUGCCAUCAUCAUGUCGGUAACACUCAUCACCGUCCUAGCCAUCAACGCUGCUAGCGUCAAGACGAAGAAUGAUGAGCACUUUCAGGUCUUUUGGGUCACACUACCUGCUGCCUUUGUCAUGCUUUGCUGGGACCUUGCAUUUGGGUGGAUUCACAGAGAGGAGACUCGCGCAAUCGCACGCAGAGGGCGAGAAGAGGUUGAACGAGCCCGAAUGGAAAGGGCCUUGAGGCAGGAGAGGAACAGAGAGCAUUUUGAAGGCAGGGGGAUAUCCACGGAGGUCGGUACAGAGAUGCUGUCGAUGACCAGAAGUCUCUCCAGAGAAGCCUGGCCCGAAAUUCACGUCCAGGACGCCGAUGCUGAUGUAAAGGAUGGCAUGAAAAAUGGAGACUACGACACACCACCUGUUAGCCCCGGCAGAGGACUCACUCCUCUGCUCACGCUCACGCCUGCUGGCCCAACAGGAGAUGCCAGCAUUAGCCCAACGCCCGAGUCAAGUCCUCGUCUGGAGUCGUCCAUGUCCACGGCCAUGGGAAAUGCGGCAGAUAACAGUAGGCCAUCCAGCAGCGGCCUCACCAUUUCGGAGAAAAGGGAUGAGCUGGCUCAUGCGAAUGAAUCUGGCUCUCCAGCAGGAGGUGUCCUGAUGACGGGCGUGAACAACGAGAAGCGGCCUAGCGAUUUGGAGGAAAUCACAGUGAGCCGGACGAAAAAGCCCCAGCCGCGGACGCUUGUGUCCCUCUCCAGGGAUGGUUAUCGAUGGUCGCAGGAGACGUUCCCCACCGUGAUGGCAGUGAUAUCGCAUCUGCCCUUUGCCCUCGUUCCGUUCGCCUUUGCAAUGUUCGUCCUAGUGCAGGCACUCGUCACCAAGGGCUGGGUUCCGGUAUUUGCCUACGGAUGGGAUCACUGGGUGGAAAAGACGGGAACCAUCGGCGCAAUCGGCGGCAUGGGCUUCCUUUCGGUCAUCCUUUGCAAUUUUGCAGGAACUAAUAUCGGCACUACGAUCCUUUUAUCACGGGUCAUCCAAGCUUGGCAGAGGAUACACAUGGUACCCGGCAGCAGCGACAUUAGCGAUCGGACGUUUUGGGCGACGGUGUACAGCAUGGCGCUCGGCGUCAACUACGGCGCCUUCAGUACCGCCUUUAGUGCAUCGUUGGCAGGGCUGCUGUGGCGUGACAUCCUCGAAAGGAAGCACAUUCACAUCCGCAGGAUGGAGUUUGCCCGCGUCAACGUUCCCAUCAUCGCCAUCGCCAUGACCGUCGGCUGCACGGUCCUCGUGGGGGAGAUUUACAUUAUGAGGAAUGACGACCCGUACCACUUGUGA